AGGAGAAAAAAAUGAAAGUUAUUGAUCUUGAAAUAGAAUUAAACGAAUCUUCACUCAUACUAUCAGAGAUACUUAACAUAUCGGACGGCCAAGAGCUGAGUAAUAUUAAAAAGAGCACAUUUUUGGAACUGCAAAAGAGUGGUAAGGUAUUGGAUAGACUCGAUAAAUGCAGAUUUAGCAGGAGCCACAACGACUUACUAAAUGUAGGCGAGAAUCCACAGAUUAACGCGCAAAAGCUAACACGUAAAAUAACAGAUCUAACAAAGGAGAUUGAAAUAAAGAAUUCUAAAAUUAUAGAACAGCAACGUAGUAUAUCAAUAUUAGAAAAAGCGUUGCGAGAAAAUAAUAAUAUUGCUGAGUUUGAGCAACUUUUAGCGGUCAUAAGAAGCAAAGACGAAAGGAUUGAAGAAUUGGAGAACAUUUUGAAUAAGUCUGGUUACACAAGAAAAUUAUAUAAAGAUAAAAGAAUUUUGAAAUUAGAAGAAGCGUUGAAGGAGUCAAUUUUGAUCGCUGCAGAGAGAGAAAAGGUUUUCUAUGAGGAAGAAAAAAGGAGGAUUGAAGCAAUAACGAAGAUGAAGAAAAUGGAGCAAAGAUUAAAAUCUCUUCAGAAUGUAUCAGUUAUGAACUGUAAUACUUGUUCAUCUAUAUUGAAACGACAAAAAAUUAUGGAAGAAACAUUGCAUUACUGUCAAAAACAACGAGAUGCAAUACUACGACAUCUAUCAAAUGUUAUUAAAGAUCUUCUUGAAGAAGCAGUUAGUGCAAAGGACUCCGAAAUAGCUAAACUGGAAAUAAAAGGUGUUCUGGAUGAAAAUGCGACAAACAUAUGUGAAUCUCUAAAGCUGGAGAGAGAUAGAAUGCUGGAUAGAUUAAAACUAGAGAAUGAAAAGCUGAUGGAAUUUCAAAAGGUUACCAACAUAACCUCGGAAGAAAGUUCAUUGCCAAUAAUCUCUGACGAUAUGACGUCAGAGGACAACCAACUCGUUUGGGAGGAGGACAUCCCAGCUACUGUACUAUGACGUCAUAAAGCUAAGUCUUAUGUGUUGUGAACAUCUAUCACUUGUCAUCUCACCCGCUACCUUACCAUCGCUUUUCACCAGCCUUACGCCAAUAAAACCUCUUCAGAGACUGUCUCCUUUCUUUUAUAGUCUGUGUCAGAGCGUCUCUUUGACAGUUGUCAAACGUUGACGUUAUUGUAAAUAAUGUUUUAGUUAUAACUCUCACACGAUGCGACACGGAACCAUUUAUCGAAAAGUAAUAUUUUUUAAUAUAUUGAUUGAGAUUGAAAAAUUAUUUAUCCUAUUCAUAUACUCUAGCACUUGUUGACUUAUACAUAAAGCAAUAAUGUAAUCUUCGCUCGUCUUAGAUUAACUCGGACUCCGUGUAUAUUUCUAGUCAAAUGUAUUGAAACUGCUUAUUGUUAUUAACUAUAAAUCCUAUAUAAUGCUUAACAAGCAUUUAUUUUAAGCACUAAUAUUAUUUAAAACUAAUUUAUGAAGUUAAGUACCACAGUCAAAAAUUGUGUUUGAAAUUACAUAUCAUGCACAAAGUUUGGAAAUCUUUGGGCAUUAUCAUGGUAGCUUCGAUUUUAGAACGUUAAAAUGCUUAUCUGAUCAAGCACUGCCUUAAGUGAUAAGUUUUCUUUGUAUCGAGAGCCUACGUAAGCUUUAAGACGUCCGAUCGGCUCGGGCGUUCGAAACGGAAUGAGGUUUGCAGUAUUUUUAGCACAUUGUGGCAGCUAUUCAACUACCCACAGGUUAAAGAGCUUUUACAUUUUUACAGUCUUGCAAGUGUUAGGCAUAGACAUCUUUUUGUGAAUUGAGAUAUAGAAUGAGUGAAACUUGUAUGUUAUGUUAUAUCUGUUGAAUUAUGAAAGUUUAAUAUGUUGUUCUGAUACUGUAAUCAUUUAAUCACGUUAACAAUAAAUUUGAUAUUCUGUACAAAAUAAUCUAAAAAUAGUUUGUUCAAAUCACAUUGCUUUUAUGGGGAGUUGUCUAACACUAAACUGGAAGAAAAUUGGAUAAUGAUCUGCCCAUCUCGAACUGAACAUAAGAAAUACACUCCGUAUAAAGGCAUUAUGAGAAUCUCGCAUUCACUUGUUUUAAAACAAUGUUAUUUCUUUACCUGGGUCCAAAUUUAUUUAAAAGUUUUUCUGGACUUAAAGUAAUAUCCUCUAUUGACAAAAUAUAUGGCUAAAGUAGUACGUAUUGAUAGAAAAGCUGCAAUGUUGUGUUGAUAUCUAAGCUAAUGAUUUAGCAUUGAUGAUCGCUAUUGAGAUCAUUGGUCGAUGGUCUAUUCUUAAAUCAUAGCCAACAACAAGGUGUAAUAAAAUAAGGUACGAUCAAUUAUGAAACUAAAUAUUUGUGAUUUUCCCUACCAUAUUUUAUUGACCAUGACAAAUAGAUAAGUUACCGCAUUGUUAUUGUAAUACUAUUUUAACAUGUAUAAUUGUAUAUUUUAGUCAUAAAUAUGUAAUAUUACAACGCAUAAAUUAAUUGCUUCUAUAUCAAAUUUCUUUCGAUUAAAUACGAUAAUAAAAUAUAUUAUAUUUAAUGGUAUCUAUACGUAAGAUAAUUUUAACUUCUACUGAUAAACGUAUAAUGUUGCAAACAAUACUUUAAAAAGCUGCUUACAUAUAAUUACAUGAUAAUUUUGGUCAAUAUAUGCGUUGUAAUAUUCAACUUGACUUUGCAGCAAAACUUUUGUAUCGGUAAAAUGUAGGUGAAUUGUACGAUCACGAAAUUAGUUAUUGUUAAAGUUCGUAUUGUUUCAAGAUACAUAUAUCGACAGAUAUGCUAAGGAUAAAUGUUCUUUGAAAUAUAAUA